AGGAGCUGUGGGACAGGAGCUCGUGCCCAGAACGGAGUUGUGUCCUGCUGAGUCCUCUGCCACAUACCUACAGGAUGAAGAACCUUUCAUUUCUCCUUUUUCUUUUCUUCCUUGUUCUGGGGCUGCUGGACUCCAGCAUGCCACUGUGUCCCAUGGAUGAAGCCAUCAACAAGAAGAUCAAUCAAGACUUCAGCUCCCUAUUGCCAGCUGCAAUAAAGAAAAUUGGCCUACAUUGCUGGACAGUCUCCUCCAGAGGGGAGCUGACCUCCUGCCCAGAGGGCACAGCGGUCACGAGCUGCUCCUGUGGCUCUGCCUGUGGCUCAUGGGACGUUCGUGAGGGAACAACGUGUCACUGCCAGUGUGCAAGCAUAGACUGGACAGCAGCCCGUUGCUGCGCCCUGCGGGUCGGCUCCUGAGGUCCAUUGGUUGAGAACUGAGCUUGCCCUCCUGUGGUGCAGAGGGACUGGGACGGA